CUGCCAACCAUCAGCUUCGCUCUUAACCCCCCUUCUCACUCUAAACAUUAUCUUAUAAUUAAGCAAUCAUCAUCCACAAUUAAGGUAACCCUCUUAAUUAAUUUCUUUCACAUAUCACCCUCAUUAUUACAAACCUCACCGGAAUAACCGCACACAGCUCUCACCGGAAGCUGAAUAUAAAUAAAAAACCAUCUCCCCACUCCCUCCCCUCAAAAAAAAUAAAAAAUAUAAACCCCUCUGUUUCACUCUCUAGAAACCAGCAGGGACCGAAGGGAACUUCAUUUUGACUUGCAUUUCAAUGAAGCUUCUCUAAGAGCUCUCCUUCUCGAAAACAAAAUUCUUUAUCGAAGUGAUUUUUUUGUGUUUAAAAAGCAAAUACAGAAUGGGAUGUGCUGGAUCCUCACAAGCCAAAGCAGACGGGAGUGCUAAGAAAAUACGGAAGCCAAAACCUUGGAAGCAUCCUCAGCCUAUUACAAAGUCUCAGCUUUUACAGAUGCGUGAGGAGUUUUGGGAUACUUCGCCUCACUAUGGUGGAAGGAAAGAGAUUUGGGAUGCUCUUCAAGCUGCUGCCGAAGCUGAAUUAUCCCUUGCACAAGCAAUUGUGGACAGUGCUGGUGUCAUCAUUCAAAAUGCCGAUUUGACAGUAUGCUAUGAUGAAAGAGGUGCAAAGUAUGAACUACCCAAGUAUGUUUUGAGUGAGCCAACAAAUUUGAUCCGAGAAACUUAAAACAGAGAACAGAGAUCAAUUAGCACUGUGUGUGCACGGAUUGAAUGUAAAUCAUGUAAAUUAUCUCCAAAAAUGCCUUUCAAAAAGUUGGGUCAUUUUAUUUCUUUACAUUUGCCACUAGAUUUUCCUGCUGUGCUGUAAGUUAUUGUCGUUAACUGACAACAGCAUAACAAUUGUUUGUAUUUAGUGAAAAGAUGUGUUCACAAAACCUUAAUAGCCAGAGGUUGGUUGCUGGGCUACUGGGCUACUGGGCGGUGUUGUUUGGUGCUUGACCAUAUUAUUGAGUUGAAAUUUAUUAUAUGAUGAUGAGUUCUCUCAGAAA